CCCCAGGCGGUGGGCAGGGUCCCAGCCCCAGUGUCCCAGCUGCUGGGAGCUGCGAUGGAUGUGGACCGCCUGUUCCAGGGGCUGGGGGGCUUCGGCCGCUUCCAGCUGUCGGCGUUGGUGCUGCUGUCUGCUGCUCGCCUGCCCCUGCCUUGGAACUUCCUGCUGCACAUCUUCCUGUCAGCUGUGCCCCCCCACCACUGUCGCCUCCCCCACCCCGGCCCGGGCAACCUGAGCCGGGCCCAGCGGCUGCGCACCAGCUCCCCGCUGCAGCCCGACGGCACCCCCAGCCCCUGCCGCAUGUACCCCAGCCCCCAGCUCCAGCUGCUGUACCAGCCGCCACAUCUGGACGGCCAGCACAACCUGUCUGACACCGUCCGCUGCACCCACGGCUGGGAGUUCGACACCUCCCAGUUCACCUCCACCAUCGCCACAGAGUGGGAUCUGGUGUGUGAGCGGCGCCGACUGAACCAGGCUGCCGGAACCUUCUUCUUCCUGGGCGUCACGCUGGGGGGGCCGCUCUUCGGAUAUCUCUCCGACAGGUGUGGCCGCCGGUACGUACUGCUCCUGGGCUGCCUGGUGACGGCUACCUUCGGCACCAUCGCCUCCUUCUCUGUUGGAUUCACCAUGUUCAGCAUCACCCGGCUCCUGAGUGGGGUGGGACUGACCGCCGUCUCCCUCACCUCCAUCACCCUGGCUGUGGAGUGGACGGACGUGAAGCACCGAGCGCUGGUCGGGGCCACAUGCAGCCUGGCCUGGAGCGUGGGCAACAUCUCGCUGGCGCUCAUCGCCUACCUGCUGCGGGACUGGCGCUGGCUCAUGCUCUCCGUGUCCGCACCCUGCCUGUUGCUCGCUGCCCUGUGCUGGUGGAUCCCAGAGUCGGCCAGGUGGCUGCUAGCAGCCGGCCAGACGGAGCGGGCACUGAGUGAGCUGCAGCGGUGCGCCCGGGUCAACAAGGUCACCACCGCCUCCUGUCUCUCCCUGGAGGAUCUAGAGAAGCUGGUGAAGACGGAUCGAUCGCAGGCACACAGCUCGGUCUGCACCCUGGUAAACACCCCGCAGAUGAGGAGAAUCACCAUCUUCUCUGGAAUCAUCUGGCUCGGGGCUGCUUUCUCCUAUUACUCCAUCAGCUACACGGUGGGGGCCUUCGGUCUCGACAUAUACCUGACACACUUCAUCUACGGGGCCAUCGAGGUGCCGGGCAAGCUGCUGGCCUACCUGCUGCUCGACACCGUGGGCCGGCGCCCCGCCCAGGGUGGUUUUCUCUUGCUGACGGGGCUGCUGAUGACCCUGAGACAACUCAUCCCCAAAGAUGUGCCCGUCCUGCUGCUGUUGGUUGGGAUCAUCGCCAAGGGCAGCGCUGAGGCAGCAUUCACCACAGCCUUCCUCUACACCGCAGAGCUCUUCCCAACACCCAUUCGACAGAGUGGUCUGGGGUACACCUCGCUCAUGGGACGGGUGGGAGCCUCCCUGACUCCGCUGGUCCUGCUGCUGGAUGAGUUCUGGGACUUCCUGCCACACCUGAUCUUCAUUAGCGUCACGAUGGUGGCUGGAACCGUGUCCUUCCUGCUGCCUGAAACCGCACACGUCCCCCUCCCAGAAAGCAUCGCGGACAUUGAGGCCAGGCACCAGGCCGCAGCCGCUGAGAGUGGGAACGACAUCCCCCUGAGGCCACUGGGCAACGGGGAGCAGCACAAAGCAGAAGGGACGGCAGGGAGCAACGGACGGGCGGAGGGAGAUGGGCCGGCCGACACUGUGGGGGCAGAGGGCCUGUGA